AUGGACGCAUUAAUGAGUUCAAUUGCCUUUUUCAUAUUCAUUAAUGUCUCCUUCGCCCAAGUCGCCUAUAUCUGCACCUCUAACACGCAAUGCACGCCGAUCUCACUGUCUCAACCAGGUCAACAACCAUGCCUCAACUCGAUGCUGCAACCAAUAGGGGGAACGCAAAAUCCCUUCCCUCAAUUUGGGUAUGGCCAAGUUGGACCCUGCAUGGGCUCACUCGGCGGCUCUAGCCUGCCAAACUUCCUCCCUAUCCAGCAACCAUCAUUCAUCGGCAUGCCCAUCGCCGUAAAUAUGGGUGGUCAAGGCCCGCUAUUUGGAAUGGGGCAGCAGCAGAUUCCAUACCAACCCCAGGUUAUUCCCGGAGGUCAAUACAUUCAGCCUCAACCUGUACAGCCAGUAAUUCAACUCAUUCAACCUCAACCUGUACAGCCAUCCACUUCAACUGGUCAGCAACAGCCUUGUAACAUCUGUCCUCAAGGAUCACCGGGGCCUCAAGGAUCACCCGGGCCUCAAGGAUCACCGGGGCCUCAAGGAUCACCGGGGCCUCAAGGAUCACCCGGGCCUCAAGGAUCACCGGGGCCUCAAGGAUCACCGGGGCCUCAAGGAUCACCGGGGCCUCAAGGAUCACCGGGGCCUCAAGGAUCACCGGGGCCUCAAGGAUCACCGGGGCCUCAAGGAUCACCGGGGCCUCAAGGAUCACCGGGGCCUCAAGGAUCACCGGGGCCUCAAGGAUCACCGGGGCCUCAAGGAUCACCGGGGCCUCAAGGAUCACCGGGGCCUCAAGGAUCACCGGGGCCUCAAGGAUCACCGGGGCCUCAAGGAUCACCGGGGCCUCAGGGGAAGCAAGGUGAUCAAGGUACUAGAGGUCCUCCUGGCGUUGAUGGAAAACCGGGCCCUUCUGGGCUUCCCUGCACUUCGGGCUGUGCAAACCCAGAUUCAGGGAAAGAGAAAGAUCCAGGCUUAGAUCCUGGAGGUAUCGCCAAAGGAAAUGGUGCAAAGUUCCAGGAGAGUGUACCUCCUGCGACUGGGAAUGGAAUCGCCGAUGGGAAUGGCGCAAAUUUCAAUGAAAAUAUGCCCAACCCUACUUUCCCGAGUGGAAUUGCCAGUGGAGAGGGUGCUGCACUUCAAGAUUUUAUACCUUCAGUUGCAGAGAACGGAAUCGCCAGUGGAGAAAAUGCAAGGUAUGAUGACAAUGUGCCUAAGCCUAGUGAUGAAACAGGGAUUUCAAAAGGGGAGGGUGCAAGCCUCGAGGAUACUGUGCCUAAGCCAGUGGAUGCUUAA